AUACACGGUCGGGUCAGUUCGGGCGUGUCCGUGAGCGGUCGGUUGGUGACGGAGAGGAUCGGUGGCGCGCGCGAGUCACUCGGGCGACCGGGGGCCGCCAUUUUCCUCCAGCGAGGGAGAGUGUCGCGAGCGUAGUUCCGCGCAUCGUCGGUUCGUCGCUUUUUUCCAUUAAAACCGUUGAAUCGAGAUAUAUUUUGAAGAAACGAUCGGGGCGUCAUAAGGGUAGACGCGCGCGCGAUCACAGUGUCCGCAUUCGUACGAUCGACACGGGGCUUCUUUACGGGGGGAGGCUCUCCGAAGUCGGCCGUGGACGACGCGAGAGCGGCGCGAACCGAGAGGAGAGCCGCGCCGCCGUGUGGACACCCCUCCGCGUAAAAGAGAGCGAGCUAGAAAAAGAGAGAAGAAGAAGAAGAAGAAGAAGAAGGAAGAAGAAGAAGAAAGAAGAAGAAGAAGGAAGAAGAAGAAGAAAGAAGAAGAAGAAGAAGGACCGAAGCAACGCGAGAAAGGAUACGAAGGAACACAGUGGUGAAAGAGUGAAACGAUUUGUGUUAUUCCCCCUAUACCGUUGGCCCCUCUUACAAUCAGUACAACCGGUGAAAACGCCACGAGUACGACGAAGAGUACGAAGGUGCCCGAGAAAUAUAGGAAGAGUCGCCUCCGACAGGAGACGGUAUUCAACGAUUCGUGAUGCGUUGGAGGUUCUGCGGUCCUUGUACAAAAACCGAUCAGAAGUCAGUGUUGCAACAACAAUUUGUGUGACAAAGCAUCAAAGUGCAAAACCAUAUAAUCACACAUUCGAAGAGGCUUCUUUACGAGUGGUUUAUAAGACUUUUUUGAGAAAUAGUGGACAUUUUUAGUGAAACUGAGAGUAAGAGUGAAAAAUACAAACAUAGGGGGGGCUGUCUGACCGAUGGACAAACGGAAGAUGAUGCCCAAACGCCCUCGAAUGGAGAAUCUAAGGGGCCCUAUUGCAAAUGGGCCCAUCCAAACACGACCACUAGUGGCUUUACUCGAUGGACGAGAUUGUUCCAUCGAAAUGCCCAUUCUUAAAGAUGUUGCGACUGUGGCAUUUUGUGAUGCUCAGUCAACAUCAGAAAUUCAUGAGAAGGUAUUAAACGAAGCUGUAGGUGCACUUAUGUGGCAUACUAUAAUUUUGACAAAAGAAGACCUUGAAAAGUUCAAAACACUACGGAUCAUCGUUAGAAUUGGAUCUGGGGUGGAUAAUAUAGAUGUCAAAGCAGCUGGCGAACUUGGCAUCGCAGUGUGCAAUGUGCCUGGCUAUGGAGUCGAAGAAGUAGCGGACACCACUCUCUGUCUGAUUCUAAAUCUCUAUCGACGCACAUAUUGGUUGGCAAAUAUGGUACGCGAAGGAAAAAAAUUCACUGGACCUGAACAGGUCAGGGAAGCAGCAACAGGAUGUGCAAGGAUACGAGGUGACACACUUGGCAUAGUCGGUUUAGGCAGGAUCGGUUCUGCAGUCGCAUUACGUGCUAAAGCUUUUGGUUUUACUGUCAUCUUUUAUGACCCUUACCUACCUGAUGGAAUCGAGAAAUCUCUUGGACUCACCAGGGUUUAUACAUUGCAGGAUUUACUAUUUCAGUCCGACUGUGUAUCUCUACACUGUACCUUGAAUGAGCACAAUCAUCACCUAAUAAAUGAAUUCACUAUUAAGCAGAUGAGACCAGGAGCAUUUUUAGUAAACACAGCACGAGGUGGACUGGUAGACGAUGAUGCAUUAGCUGCCGCACUUAAACAGGGUAGAAUUCGUGCAGCGGCAUUGGACGUUCAUGAAAAUGAACCGUACAACGUCUUUCAGGGUCAGUCUACGCAAUGUCCGUUGAAAGACGCGCCCAAUCUGUUGUGCACACCACACGCUGCAUUCUACAGCGAUGCAAGCUGCACCGAACUACGUGAGAUGGCGGCCAGUGAAAUACGAAGAGCUAUCGUCGGUCGCAUACCAGACUGCUUACGAAACUGUGUAAACAAGGAGUAUUUCCUUUCCUCGACCGGCAGCUACCCCGAGGGGAUCAACGGCGGAUACUACGCUGGGGCGCUGCCCGUUCAACAGGCGCAUUCAACGACUCCUCACGAUUCUGCACCCCCACCUCCCGGUGGGCAUUCCGUCGUCGGCGGCGGUGGUGGUGGGGGUGGUGGCGGACCAAACUCCUCGGCAGGCGGUGCAGGCGCCGGGGGUCCGACAGGCCCCGCGGGUCCAACGGUAGGCGGCGGCGGGGCUGGAGGCCCUGCUUCAGCUCCCCCUACUGCUGGAUUACCCGGUCUACCACACAGCAUAGUGAGCGAGCCUGACCCCCGGCCAAGCCCACCUGCUCCGAGUCCCCGUUGACCUUGAACCCCAGACAUACACUCCUGCACCACCCUCCGAUCUAAUUUCCUUUAGCCAUUCACGUACAUGCUACACCUAAACAUACAUACAUACACAAACACACACACACACACA